CCCGCCAUUAGAAAAAAAAGUUAUUGUGGUUAUUCACUGGCAAAUUAUUUGAAACUAAAUGAUUCUUUUGUCAUAUGAAACAGUAUCUGACAAUCCAAGUGCACGAAAACAUUGUGCACUCAUUAGCAGUAUGAAAUUAGUGGUACGAGGUAACACGUAUUAUGCAUCAAUGUGCAUGUAACCUAUUGUCAUCAACAUGUUAUAUUUGCUCCCUUCAUAAAUGCUUUAAAACACAUUGUAAUGCUUAAUGAAGAUUAUUAUUUAUAAUUUUUGGAAGUUAAAUAUUUUACUUAUUUGUACCAGAAGAGGCUUUUUCAUGCAACUUUAGGCCCACCAGCAGCCGAGCGGUAAAAUCACUGAACACUGGUAGUUUGGUCCAGGGUUCGAAUCCCGCGAACGGGCUGGCUGCAUGGGUGUUUUCGCGGUUUUCCCCAUGUGUAAUGUGUAUACGAGCCAGUUUUCCUUAGAAAGUCCUCCACGAAGGCAUCCCUCCCCUUAGGCAGAUAGCCCUAGUGUGCUUUGCCAUAAUUAAAUACACCACACCAACACCACACCAUCAUGCAACUUUAGAUAACAGAUUAUUCCAUAUACUAGAUAGGUUAUGGUCCCAAGAUUUGGUCAACUGUUUCUUGUUGAUUUAUUAAUGACAAUUCAUUAAUAGAAGGAUUUUGUUUCAGGGAAUUAUUCCUUAGCUCGAGUUCUGCCUCAAAUAUAUGUUGUCAAUAAAGAACCUAUUCAUGAUCAUGUGAUGGCUCUUGUGUCAUUAUUACCUCAGUGUGAGAAUUCUGAAAAGCUUAGCUUGUUAAACCUCUUUGGAUUAAUUGCUAAAUACAAGCCUUCGUUACUGGAGAGCAACUUACCUCAUUUGAGUGAAUGUUUAACAAUACCAAGCACAGCAGCCUCAGCUCUUCAAAUAUUUUUGGAUAUGGCAGCUGUUCGUCCCCAGUCUUUUACUGAACAUGUACAGAAGAUGAAAAUGGCUGCAGAAUUACAAUCAGGAACUCUAGUCCUUGUCGCAAGAAUAUUAGGCAUUAUUGGAAAACUUAGUAUGGUGGUGCAUGCACAUUUUGUUUUUUUGUGUAAUUUUGUGUCCGCGCGUUGUUCAGCUUUUUUUGCCAACAUGCCUGAUAUUACUACUUCUGUAUAUUUUGACUUAGCUCACUUGUGCAAUUGUAAAUGCAAGACUGAAUUUUAUUGUGAUGACAAUUGCAGGAUUACAUCUGGCAUGGACUUUGAAUGGUUUAUUGCAACAGCAUGACUUUGCCUAUCAGAAUGAUUGAACUGAAGAGAGA